AUGUCUUCGGAACCCAUCUUUUUCUGGAAACCCGAACAGGAACAUGGGUAUCUAGGACAAUGGUGGAAGUCCCCCUUCACCGUGCCUGCAGAGGGCAGAGGCGAAGAGCUCAAGUAUGAGAACUGUGAACAUUACAUGAUGCACCAGAAGGGCGUCUUGUUUGCCCCAGACGACCCAGUAACGCAGCAGAUCCUCGCUCCCUCAGGGCCCGUACCAGGUCCCAAGGAGAUAAAAGCUCUUGGCCGCAAAGUGCCCAACUUCGACGAGGGGGUGUGGAAGAAAGAGCGCUUCCGGAUCGUGGUGCAAGGGAACUACUACAAGUUCACGCAGAAUCCUGAUCUCAAGGCCCAACUGCUGGAGACGGGCGAUAGGGAGCUCGUCGAAGCCAGUCCGCGUGACAGGAUAUGGGGGGUUGGAUUUGGAGCAAAGAAUGCGCCGGCCAGAAGGGCGAAAUGGGGGUUGAAUUUGCUGGGAAAGGCGCUGAUGGAGGUUCGGGAUCGGAUUAGGAGAGAGGAAGAGGAAGCUGAGCAGGACAACUAA